AUGUAUCCUCCAAUGGUGUCAAACGACUCAAUAAUGAGUUUGGAGAAAUUCGGAGCAUCGAGCUCACUACAAAAUCGUCUGCCAAUUGUCAGGGCAGUUACUUUUUUAAGGAAAGAUGCUACAAGCGAGAUCAUCGAGUUAAAUAAGUUUCCUGAAAAAGGCGCAUCAAUAGCAAAAUAUGUUGAAAUUGCCGAAUCGGAAGGACGACUAUACAGCUUAGAUAGACACAUUAGCGCUUCUUCUUGGCUUAAAAUAGUAACUCUUGCGACCGAUUGCCACACCAAUAAUAUAUUACUGAUACCUAGCGGAAAAGGAGUAGUAAUGAAAACGAUAAGAGAUAUUGCUCCAGGUGAACUACUAUUCUUAUGGUUUUCAGAAAAUCUCUUACUUAUAUUAAACAUUCCAUUUUUAAAUCCACGUAACAUUCAAGGACAAGACCGAUAUAUUUGCCACAUAUGCCAUACCGUUUUCGAAUAUCCAAAUCCUUUAAAAUUACACGUGUCUUUAGAUUGUGACCGAUUAGAUCUUAAUCAUUUAUGGAAUCUUUUAUCAAGAAAAAUUACUUCCUUAUCAAAUUUAUGCUCUCCAACACCAUUCCGAUUUCAACUAACCGCUUCCAGAAAUAUGAUUUCGCCAAUCCUCAUAGAACCUCCAAAUUCUCAUAGAUCCUUAAAUCCAUCACCUACAUCAUCUAAUCAGUUCUCGCCUUCAUCUUCGAAUCAACCUUCUCCUGGACAAAUUUCACCACACUUGCUAAGCUCGAUAUAUUCUAUCAGGCACAAUUUAUUAAAUCGACAAUCGGCAUUUAAACCAUAUUCAUAUAUAAAUGGACCUGGUGUUUUAUCUGGUCUUUGUCCAUCAACCGCGAAUGACGACAGACAACCCGUACUGGAAAGACAACCGACGACUACUCAUGCCGCAGAGAUAGAAACUAUUGCCAGUAACCUUGGCAAAUCUAAAGAAGGUCAUCUUUGUAUAUAUUGUGGAAAGGUAUAUUCCAGAAAAUAUGGGUUAAAAAUUCAUAUCAGAACUCAUACCGGAUAUAAGCCAUUGCUCUGCAAAUACUGUCAUCGACCAUUCGGAGAUCCAAGUAAUUUGAACAAACAUAUGAGGCUGCAUGCUGAUGCUGAAUCACCAUACAAAUGUGAAAUUUGCGGUAAAAUUUUAGUAAGAAGAAGAGAUUUAGAAAGGCACAUAAAAUCGAAACAUCAAAAUAAUAUUGAUACAAUUUCUGAAACUUCAGACGACGAAUUGGAUGUUUAAAAGAAACCCUCGAUCGGUAAGCUUUCCGUGAAUUCGUGAUAUUUUCUGCGAUUAUAGAUUGUUUAUUUAUUAUUUUUUAGUAAUUUUUUAAAUUACUUAAAAUGUUUCUCCUAAGAAACAUUCAAAUGAAAUUAAAAAAUAUGAAAAACUGCCAUGACAGUUUUAAACUUUGAUAUUAUGCGCCUGAUACGCGCAAUAUUUUAUACAAGAAAGCAACAUAUGUUUUUUUUCAUAUGUCAUAUAUUUUUUAAAAGACUUUUUAUAUAACGUAUAGUACAUAUGUAUAGUAUAAGAUAACUAGAUUAAUAAGUUACAUUUAAUGAUAUCAAAAGGACAUUUUUAUUAAAUAAGUGUAUAAU